AUGGGAAAAAUCCAUCCUUCUAUCGCGGCUUUCCUUUUAAUACUGAACGUGUUACUAAGCUUAACAGGGGUUGCAUUUUCGGGCCGCGAAAUCCCAAUGAAGGAUUCCAAAAAUUUGGAAAAAAAACAACCAGAAUCCUUCAUUGGUAAUGAUGGAAGUGUCCUCAUUCCAGGCAUGGGCAGGUACAUGUUCCCUAGGCCAGGCACACAUUUCGAUCCAAUCAACUACAAUCCCAUUACUGGCACUAAUGGAGGAAAUGGUCUGCCCGGAAUCGGCAGCUUUGGCGGCCCUAUCCCCGGCCAAAGCUAUAUUCCAGGCGGUGAUGAUACAUCUGUCCCCAUUCCUGGUGUUGAGGUGCCAGUUGGCGGCAGCAUUCCUGCAUCUGCUCGCCCUUGA